ACAACACAAGUCAGAUCGAAAGGAAAGGGAAGACAUGGAAAUGGAACAACUGAAGCAACAAAUUCUCACUGUUCCCCCAAUUCCUCUCACGUCAGCGCUUCCCUUAUCUCAUUCCUUGUUUUCCUUUUCCUUUUCUAUGUUCACUCACUUUUCACAUCAAAUCAAACUCUUUCUUUUCCUCUCAGUUCGCCUCUUCAACCGCCGCAGCUCCAACACCGUUCUGCUCACUAGCCUCACCUUCUCUUCUACCAACUUAGGGAUGGCUCUUCUCACGAGGCUACCAUUACGUCCAUGGAACCCAACCAUGACACCUUCCUUCUCCAUUCCGAGUAAACUCAGGUUCCGUUGCUUAUUCUCUGCAACAAAACGGACAAAGUCAUUGCUCAUUCCAAGGAGUUCAUUUCUAGACAGAUGGCGAAGGAAAUGUAUUGCCUCAUAAUUAUCUCUGCUUCUUUCAUUGUUCGUUGGUUACUUUGUUAUUGCAUAUUAUUGUUGGCAAUUGAUGGAUUAUCUGGGGGUGAGCCUAGGUGUUAUGGUGAGGUUGUUUGCAUUGUUACCUGUGGUCAUGGCCUCAUGGGUUCUGGCAAUGCUCACAACCUAUCCUCUCAGUAGCUUAA